CGGAGCCCGGCGAGGCCGCGCGGGCUGCAGAGGGGCCGCGGGCCCGGGGCGUCUGCUCGGCGGUGCGGCCACCGCGGCGGCGACACCAUGGAUCUGUCCUUCAUGGCCGCGCAGCUCCCCAUGAUGGGAGGGGUGUUCAUGGACUCCCCCAACGAGGAAUUCAGCACCGAGUACUCCCUGUUCAACUCCUCCAGCAACGUCCACGCGGCCUCCAACGGCCACGGCCAGCUGGAGGAGCCACCCCGCUCCUCCAACGACGCCGUCCUGCUGUGGAUUGCCAUCAUAGCCACUCUGGGGAACAUCGUGGUGGUGGGCGUGGUCUACGCGUUCACCUUCUGAGGGAGCGGCCACCGGCCAUCGCAGGACGGCGUCUUUUCCACCGGGCUCGCCGUGGGCCGUGGCUGUCCGCGUGGCCCGGCCCUGCUGCUGGCCUCUGGCUCUAAACCAGCAGUGCUGAGCCCUGGAAUGGCCUCCCCUCGGGGCAGCCACCAAGGAUCUGGAAUUUUCCCCAGACCGCAUUCCCAGCUCUGGUCAAGCUGAUUGAGAAGACAUGGAAAUUGGAGUCGCAGCCACAUGGGGGACCAAGGCCCACGUAGAACAGGAUAGAGAGUCCGUGAAAACACCACCCACAAACCCCAGACCGGCUGGAGCAGCCAGUUAGGGUUGAGCUGUAGACAAGGCUUGGUGAUCGCUUGUUGCAGGCAGUAAUCAUUUGUGGGACUUGUUCAUGGUCUGGUCUGUGGCUCUGGGACCAAAGCUGUCAUCAGAACUCAGAGUUUCCAACCCAGCCUUGGUUCUGGGCCCAUCCCUUGGCGUAUGGAUGGCUCCUGAUCUCACUUACAAAUGGCACUUGGUCACCUGACACCUGGCCCCAGACAGGACCCUGGGGUGCCUGGAACCUAGAGGUGGGAGCCACUGGGACCAUGGUGGGGUUUCUGGGAGACUGCUGGUUGGUUUUAUCUACUAGAUGGACUUGCUGAUCCUUGAAGAAGGGAAGAUGUCUUUUAAAAAAUUAGAAUUGCUACCAGGCCUGGUGGCACAUGCCUGUAAUCCCAGCUACUCGGAAGGCAGCGAUUAGGAGUGUCAUGGUUGCUGGCUAGCUUGGCAUGAUGUUUGGAAGAGCCCAUCUGAAGUGUGGCGGCGUCUGCCUGUCAUCCUAGCUAAUGUUGUCCUAGCAUAAAUAAGUGUAUUGCAGCCCAGGUCAGCUUAAACAUAGACACAAAGCCCUGUUCAAAAAGUAUCUGAAGCAAAGAGAGUAGGAGGUCAAGAGGUAGAGUACCUUUCUAGCCAGUGCAAGAUCCUGAGUUCAAACCCUAGUGCCACCCAAAGGGGAAAAAAAAAAAAAGAAUUACUACUCAAGUGAAGUUGCUGACUUUUCCUUCUCUGAGGACUUGUGGAGUUUUAGAGAUGAACAAGCCCCACCCCUGCCUCGUGAUUGGAUGGAUGGGGCAGAGGGGACGUGAUUGGCAUGUGGUGCCAGGGCUGGCCAGUGGAGGGAGUUGGAACGGCCAAGUGUUUCCUAGGUCUCGACUCAGUGCUCUCUCCAUCCCAGCUAAGAUCACAUGAGCACCCAUGAUCCUGUCCUCCUCCAGCCAGUGUCCUCCCCUCCUUACAACAUGGUGGCUGGAGUCCUGGCAGGGAAGCUCCCCAGGAAAGGCCAGAUGGGUUGGGGGCAGCGGGGAGGAGCAGGGCUCUUCCUCAAGAAGAACUCUGCCCAGCACCUGCUGCAUGAAGCUCCUGUGCAGACCAGAAUGGAAGGACCUCGAGCCUGGGGCAUCUUCUAGCUGACUCCGUACAACGUUCAAAGGAAACGAAGAGAGAGGCGCAGCAGCUCCCUCCAGGGUGGAGCAGAUAAUUGCAAAAAACAAAAAAAAAGCCCAGGAGCCGGCCACCGGUCUGAGGAGGCGUGUGUGUCCUUGUCCAGCGGAGGACAUCUCAGCGGACAGAGGCUGGCCCUGGUCUCUGGGGGUUGCAGGACAAGAUUACCAGGCCUCGGACAGCCUCCGCUCUUCCUGCCACCACACCACUGCGGCCAGCGUCCACCCACGGGCAGUGUAGCACAUCUGCUGAGUCUCUGAACCUCAGCAUCAGGGCUCUAGAGAGCAUCUGAUGGGAUCUUCCAUCCUCAUGGGGAGCACUGAGGUCCCCAGAGUCCACAGAGAGCCAUCGCCGGGCACCUGGCCGCUGUGUUCACCAGGAGCCGGGAUCAUGUGCUCCACCCACAGCUGCCAGGCCCCUCCUGGCACCCUGGAGAUGCCGAAGGGGUGUCCCCAGUGCUGUGGGGGAGAGCUGCGUUGCCAGGAGUUUAGCCGGGGCCCAAGCUUGCCGCUGGAGCCUACAUUGUCUGUACUCACCUGGCCAGCCUGCCCUGUGAGCCCUGACCCUGGUCACUCAGCGAGAGGGAUGGGGAGGGGGUGGGUGAUCUAGUACGGAGACCCCAGAAGUGUGGAGUCCGCAGCCCCGGUGGAGUCCAGGGAGGGGAAUCUUCCUGAGAUCCGUGUUGGAGAAAUACUGGCCAUGGAGGGAGGGGACAGCGACCCAGGAGCCACACGGACCACAGUGAGCAGGGAGGGGACACAGUUCUUCCCAGCGUGAGAACCGUCUCCACCUGAAAGACAGGUGAAUCUCCAGAUGUGAGGUGACCACACCCACUCUGGCUUUUGAACCAGAGUCUCUGCGGACCUUAAAAGUGUGCCACACACGGGCCUCCGUGCAAGCCGAGACAUGCCCAGGCUGGAUGCUGCCUGGUAACCAUGGCAACAGCCUUGCCCCACCCAGACAGCUCCAGCCCAACCCCCACACUGCCUCCCAUUCUCUUUCCAGCUCUGCACCCCCAGGGGAAGGCUUCUGUCUCCUUUGCCCUGAUCACCAACCAAUCACAAAUCCUAUAGCUUAUGCUGAGACCGUGUGCGUGUGUGUGUGUGCCUCAGCUUCUGGGGUACCCCAAAGUCCUCAUUGUCCACUGAGCCUACCCCCUCUGUGUGGCAAGACAGGCCGGGUCCCCUGUGUCAGCCUCUCAAGGCCUGUGUCUCCGUGAGUCGGCAUAACACUGGUCGUUCUGGGGGUUCCAACAAGACUGGGAGCCAGGAGAGCACCCCCCCAUAGCAUGCAGCCCCACCAGGGUGCUGCUUCUACACUGUAGGCACAGCGGCGCCCUCCCAUCCCCCUGGGGACAUCGGGCAGUGUCACCCCAGUGGCUGGAGGCCGGGGGUGCCCGUUAACUCCUACACUGCAGGACGGACCCACAGACGGAGCAUUAACCAGCCCAACGCUGCGGGGGGCAGCCAGGGACUCCGUGAGCCUGAACUACCACGUCCAGACCUGUGGAAAUCCCCACUCUUGCUCCUGUGUGGAUCACUGAAGGAAAUCAACUGAGCAAUGGUUGAUUCCAGAAAAUUCCAGCUGAAGGCAAGUCAAAUGAGUCUUAAGAAAUUCACAUGACUCUAUUUCCAUACUCUGGGGGCUUUUAAGGGGCCCCCCAUCCUGGAUGAGAGAAACCCCAGGAAGCACAGGCUAAAGCUGGGUGUAUAAUCCACCAGAGGCAGGAUCCUGAGUUCAAGACCAGCCUGGGCAAAGUUAGCAGAAAGACAGAGACUGUUUCAAAAACAAAACAGGAAAACAAGAGCUGGGUGCGUGGCCCGGGGGGGUAGAGAACACACUUAGCCUGUGUGAGGUUCUGGAUUCAAUCCCCAGAAGCAGAAAUAAAAAAAGAAAAGAGAAAGCGGAGGCUGAACAAGUCACUUGCUAGUCCCAUCAGCAACCUCUGUUUCUGGGACUCCGGAGACCAGCCUCCGCCAGGGCCUCUGAGGAGCUCCCUUGGGGGAGAGCUUGGAAGUAGGGUACCCAAGAGGCUGGGGGGACACAGCCACUGGGCCCCUCGGGGUCUGGUCUGACUUCUGGCUUUGUUCAUGUGCUCAGCCCUAUCCCCCAUCCAGAUACUCUCUCUCCUCCUCAAUUCAACCCCUCCUGCCUGCCCUGGUCUUCAUGCCGGAGCACCUUGUGUCAGCAUCUUACUCACCUUUUCCUAAUCGACUUGUAAAUGCCCGUGAUUUACUUGACAAAAAGGAGUUUUCAUUAGCCCUCUAGGCCCUUCUUCCCUGAGCAUGUCUGGUGUUAGCCCUGUGGUCACUGAGAAGAGGCUCUGCCGUUCUGUAGGAGUUCAGUGUGCUCUUUGCUUAGACAUGUCCCCCUCCAAGUUGUACAAGCGUAGUGGUGAGAUCUCCCUUUGUUUGACUUAUUACUGUCAUGGCUGUAUUUUCUAUUAUGAUCAUUAAAACAAGAAAGAAAGCUUU